UUUUUCUUCCUUUUAUUUCAUUUUCAUCCACCGUUUCAUUUCUUUUUUCUUUUUCUUGUUUUUCUCCUCCACACAAGACACACAGCCCCCUUCUUUUUAUUUUCUUUUUCACCUCUCAAGAACAUUCCAGUGCUUCACAUCAGAGAGAAGAGAGAGAGAGAGAGAGGAGAGAUCGGCUUGGGCCUCCACCGCAUGCAUCUCCACCGCUGCUCAGCAUCUCCACCGCCGCUCCAACUGUCGCUCCAGCAUCUCCACCGCUGCUCAUCGUCCUCCCCACCGAUCGGCUUGGAACAAAGGCUGAGCUCAUGGCAUGCGACACUGCCAUGACUUUCAAGUUUCAAGUUAUCAGAUCAAAGCACACGUGUGAAAUUGCAUAAUAAUUAAUGAAACCUACGCUUACGGCACAUCCAGUUUCGGACAUGAAUUCCCUCAAAGCUAAACCAACCAUGCAAUGCCACGUGGUGGCCAUGCCUUAUCCAGGCCGUGGCCACAUCAACCCCAUGAUGAACCUUUGCAGGAUACUAGCUUCCAAAAACAGCAAUAUCCUCGUCACUUUCGUUGUCACCGAAGAAUGGCUUGGUUUCAUCGGCUCCGAUCCUAAGCCCGACAACAUUCGCUUCGGCACCAUUCCUAACGUUGUCCCAUCAGAGCGAGUCCGCGCAGCUGACGUUUACUCCUUCGCCGAAGCUGUCAUGACGAAGUUUGAAGCUCCAUUUGUGCGACUCCUUGAUCAGCUUGAGCCUCCGGUUACAGUUAUCAUGGCUGAUACUUUUCUUUUCUGGGCAGUUGGAGUUGGGAACCGAAGGAAUAUUCCAGUGGCAUCGUUUUGGCCUAUGUCGUCGUCCAUGUUCACCAUCAUCCAACACGUGGAUCUUUUAGUCAAAAAUGGUCAUUUCCCAUCUGACUCAGCAAAAUCUGAGGAGCAUGUAGAUUACAUCCCUGGAAUUUCCUCCACACAACUAGUGAAUAUUCCAUUUAAUGGGAGAAACCAACAAACAACGCCAAGGAUUCUCGAAGCUUUUUCAUGGUUAAACAAAGCACAAUAUCUCUUAUUAACUUCUUGUUAUGAGUUCGAAUCCAAAGUAUUCGAUGUUCUAAAAGCAAAAUUCUCAUUUCCGGUAUAUGCUACGGGUCAAAUCGUACCUAACUUUGAUUUUGGAGAAAACACAAAACACAGUGAUGACAACUAUUUACAUUGGUUAGACUGCCAACCUAGAAAUUCUGUUUUAUAUAUUUCAAUGGGAAGUUUUCUUUCAUUUUCUAGUGCCCAAAUGGAUGAAAUUGCAGCUGGUUUGUGUGAUGCUGGUGUUAGAUUCUUUUGGGUGGCACGUGACGAGACUAGCAGAUUGAAAGAGGUUUGUGGUCAUAGAGGAUUAGUAGUGCCUUGGUGUGAUCAAUUGAUGGUCUUAUCUCAUUCUUCUGUAGGGGGCUUUUGGUCACACUGUGGGUGGAGUUCCACUCGGGAAGGAAUGUUAUGUGGUCUUCCUUUUCUUACCUUUCCCAUAAUCUUUGAUCAAAUCCUAAAUAGUAAGUUAAUUGUGGAAGAUUGGAAGAUUGGGUGGAGGGUGAAGCAAGAUGUGGGAAUGAACAAUUUGGUGUCAAGAGUGGAAAUUGCAAGGCUAGUGCAUAAAUUUAUGAAUUUUGAAAAUGAUGAAGUGAAAGAAAUUAGGACAAGAGCAAGUGAAGUUCAACGCAUUUGUCAACGUGCAAUUGCAAAAGGAGGAUCAUUUGAAACCAACAUCAAUGCCUUCAUCCAAGACCUUUCACAUAGCAUGGUUACAGAGUAGAAAGUAACUAUUUUGUUUUGCAUGACCAUAAAAUGUCAUGCCUUCUUUGCAAUUAUCUUCAGAGUUUAAAGACCUUAACCUUGAUAAUAGUACAUUCCGAAAAAAAAAAAACCUUGAUAAUAGUAAAUAAUAAUAAUAAUAAUGAGACAAAUAGGUUGGACUUACAACUACUUGUUAUUAUUAUAUAAUGUAUUUUCUUCAACAAGAUAACCUAUUGAAGGUCUUUGUAAUAAUAAUCUUUGUUUUUUUAAUUGCAUUAACUUACUCUCUUUUUUCUAA